AUGGUAACUGGAAAAGAAACAUCGUUGCAGGGAUCCAGUCAAAGAGAAGGGUCGGGUGAACACCUAAACGUCCCGAAUGACCAGGAACGGCUUGUAGCGUUAGAACUACAGGUCCAAACUCUAAAUCAGGGAUCGGCAAGAGUUUGGUUCAAUAAGCUGAAGCCAGGAACCAUCAAUACAUUCGAAGAACUGAGUAAGCUAUUUGUGAGCCACUUCAUUGCAAGUCAGAGGCAUAGGAGGCCGGCCACUUACCUACUUACUGUGAAGCAACAGAAGGGCGAAUCGAUCCGGGAAUACAUCACCCGAUUCAACACAGAAAUGUUGCAGGCAGAAGAGAUGGACGACAAGGUGGCUUUGAUCGCUUUCAUAGGAGGACUUCAAACCUCUAGAUUCUCAUUCGCCUUAUCCAAAGAACCUCCCACCAACAUGGUAGAGUUGUUGAUUAGAGCGCAGAAACACAUGAACGCUGAAGACGCCAUGAAUGCACGGAAGGGGAAUGAAGGAAAGGACAAGAAGAGGUCAGGCCCUCUCACCGGAGAUGAAAAUGAUACCAGCUAUAAGAGAUCAUUUUUUAGCCAAAGCGUAAGAACAUAUAGUGAGGAGGACUCGGGGGCCAACAACACAUUUUUCCCUCAUUAA